UUCUUGGCAUACAUCAUGGCUGCAACGUUGAAACAGCAGAAGCUACAGAGGAUCAAUGAAGAGCUGCACAAGCUAACACUACACAGAGAUCAGCUCAACAACAGACUUCGUUUACUGGCUUUGCUGAAGGAAUUCCGGCAGAAUGCUGGCUACCAUGUGGAAGCAGUAGAUGAACCUACUGAGAACGACGAGUAUGAACGGAUACAGGAGGAACUCAAGGAACUUUCAGAAAGGAAAUUAGCACUACAGGCUUUACAAGAAACUCUGGAAGGAACAAGUAAAAGUUGUGAUACUUUUAGCACACCACAAAAAUAUGACCCUUUGGGUAAUGAGAUAUUUAUAGUGGAGAGACCGCCGUCCUAUCCAGCUCCUCAGGUGAUUUCAGAUAUAGAGAAACUACCACGACAUCCUUCACAAAUACAGUGUCCUUACUGUGAACAGUACAUUACUACAGAGGUGAGCACAGUGAUUGGGAACACCACCUGGCUCGUGUGCCUGGUGUCCACCUUCAUUGGCUGCGUAGCUGGCUGCUGCCUCAUCCCCUUCUGCAUCAGCACUUUCAAAGAUGUAGUGCACAAAUGCCCGAAGUGUCGCAGUCACAUUCACACGUGCACCAAAUUGUAAGGAAAAAGC